GCUACCGUCCGCGGGUUUCCCAGCUGGAAAAUAGUUCCUAUUUACCUUCUCGCCCAACUCUUGGGAGCCUUGUGUGGAGCAGGUGUCGUCUACGCCAUUUACUACCAUGCGAUCAACCUCGUGGAGGGAGGUUCCGAUACUCGUACAAUUGCGGUAACUGGUAACCUGUUUGCAACAUAUGCGGCCGACUACCUAACUUCAGUCACCGCCUUCUUCGCUGAAUUUAUAGGGUCUGCCAUGCUCAUCGUUGGAAUUUUCAUGUUCACGGAUAAAAGAAAUGGCCCUGCGCCUCCCGGUGUUGUUCCCGUUGGAAUAUUUUUCGUACUCCUUGCCAUCAGUUCGGCUCUUGGCAUGGAUACUGGAGCGGCCGUUAAUCCUGCCCGUGACCUGGGCCCCCGUAUCCUCACCCCCAUGGUUGGGUAUGGUCGCGAAGUCUUCAAUUACAGGAAGCAGUAUUGGCUCUGCCGCCCUAUUCUUGGCCCGAUUUUUGGCAUGCUUGUGGCUGCGUUCUUCUACGAUGCUUUGCUGUACAGCGAGCCCGACAGUGUUUUGAAUAAACCGUGCGUUCUACUGUUGGUGUGUGGUAAACCGUUUGAUGGCAGACAUUUAAUAGCGAGCGCCGAUAAUUGAAUGAUACUUGGACAUGUAUUUUUAACUGAGAUUUCUACACUGUCCGAUCUACUUACAUAGUACAUCCUUACGGUAUCUCCAUAUAUACUCAAGUGCAACACCGUCUGAGUGUAAUUUGGACAUCCACCACCAUCAAUACUCGUCAGAAUG